GUUUAUUGUGGGAGUAAACCGAUUACGAUUUACGAUUAUUAAUAAAAAAAUAAAUAAAUUGGUACAAAGUUACCCCACUCACAUUAAUACGUACCUGGUGAUAUUAUAUUUACUUGGAAAAAUAUCAGUAGCAAUAGAUAUAAUGUUGGUCUUGGUACUUGGCGAUCUUCACAUUCCACACCGUUGUAGCAGCCUGCCCCCUAAAUUCAAGAAGCUUCUACUUCCAGGACGGAUCCAACACAUACUUUGCACUGGUAAUCUUUGUACCAAAGAGUCCUAUGAUUACCUGAAGACUUUGGCUAGUGACGUCCAUGUUGUUAGAGGAGAUUUCGAUGAGAACUCAACAUAUCCUGAACAAAAGGUGAUAACUGUUGGUCAGUUUCGUAUUGGUCUAAUCCAUGGUCACCAAGUUGUUCCGUGGGGUGAUGAGGAGUCGCUAGCAUUAGUGCAGAGACAACUUGAUGUGGAUAUACUUAUAUCUGGUCACACUCAUCGUUUUGAGGCCUAUGAACAUGAGAAUAAGUUUUACAUAAACCCAGGAUCAGCAACUGGUGCUUACAGUCCAUUGUUCAGGAAUGCAACACCAUCAUUCGUACUAAUGGACAUUCAGAGCUCAACAGUUGUCACGUAUGUCUACAAAUUGCUCGGAGAUGAAGUAAAAGUAGAGAGAAUUGAAUACAAGAAGGCAUAGUGAAUAAAAAUUUUAUUUAUGUAUUCAACACCAAACUACUACUAUACUUGAUUUGAACCGUUUUUCUCUCAUAUUUUUAUAACGACAUCUUAUGCGGUAAUUUUCGCAUUCGAAUAGUGAAGUAUUUAAAAAGAAAUCUAAUUUUUUAGAGGAAAAUGGGUUAUAUAAUUUCCUUUUAAUUUAGUUUUUGUUUUAAGCUAUAGUUUGUUUUUCAUAAAUAAAAUGUAUGUCUUAUUAUA